AUGGUGGAGACACAGGUGGAGACAGGAGGAGGAGACAGGAGGAGGAGACAGGAGGAGGAGACAGGAGGAGGAGACAGGAGGUUGGGACAGGAGGAGGAGACAGGAGGAGAAGGAGACAGGAGGAGGAGACAGGGGGGAAGGAGGGGGGACAGGAGGGAGAGAGGGGAGAGAGGACAGGGAGGAGACAGGGAGAGGAGACAGGAGGUGGAGACAGGAGAGGAAGGAGACAGGAGGUGGAGACAGGAGGAGGAGACAGGAGGAUGGAGACAGGAGGAGGAGACAGGAGGGGAGACAGGAGGAGACAUUAGGAGGAGACAGGAGGAGGAGACAGGAGGUGGAAACAGGAGGUGGAGACAUUAG